AUGAGCGAAAACCUCAAUUAUUCCGCUGCCAAUAGCACAUGGCAUGGCGAGCUGCUGGACAGCCCCAUCUGUCACAAAUGCCUCGAACUCCAUGACAAUCAUGCAUGUACUACUCCUCUUUCCAAACCCCUUUUGGCAGACUCAACAGACGCUUUGUCCCUCCCCCCUCGAUCCAUCAAAUCUCGUAUCACGGGGGCGCUUUCUAUCCACGAUUACCACAAAUUCCUCUCCGAAUCUGCAGACAGCAGUGGCGAUCCUGUCGAUCAUACAGGAAGGAAAUUAAAAAGAAAAACAGCCGCAUUGCAUUUGAAUCGCCCAUCCGCUCUUCCCAUUUCUUAUCCUGUGUCUGUAUCGUCCUUGGCCUCGAGUCCUCCGCCGCUCUCUCCUUCUUACUCGCACAGCGUUGUCUCUCACCAGAGUGAAGAGGCUGAGAUCGGAGAAGCUCAGACUGUUCAGUACCAAUCCACGCAAAGUCCACGACUACCUGCCGCCUCGGAUCUCGGGACUCGUGCUAGACCUAAUAGGAAGCGAGCCAAUACCUUUCGUCAAAAACUUCAACAAAAGGCCCAGGCUCAAGCGGAAGAAGCUGAGCGUGCUUCCAAACCUCAAACCGAGGACUCAAUGCUGGCCAGGACGCAGGCCGUUGCCACCGUCACAUACGGUGGCGCCUGCUUUGAGAUCUUGAAUCCGCGCAAGUCGCUGGACCUAGCACGCAUCGUCUCAUAUAUUGAGGAUGUCGAUAAUUGCUCCACGAUCUCCUCGGACAACCACCGAGACUCUACUUUCUCCCUUGAGCAAGGACUGGACCGGGCGUCCCUGUCCCAAUUCACCGAUGCCUCGGUGCCAUCAUUCUACUCCAACUCGUUGUAUACCUCCUAUGCAGGCGAUCCCUCAAUCUCGAAAGCUCAGCCAACGGACGUCCCGUCGUCCUCGCCGCAAAUACAUGAACGUAUCAGGUCUCUAUCAGACUACUCCCUCACUGAACAAAGCUUCAACUACUGGAACCGACAUGUACAGCACCCUGAAAACAGCGAUCUGCGCAUCGAUACAUAUAACAGCCACCCAAACAGCGACAGAGAGUCCCCGCAAUCAACAAACAUGGCCGCUAUAACAGAAGAAUCCAACCUCCCAAACCUAUCCUUCUCUCGCCGACCCUAUACCCCAUCAACGCAGACCUUCUUUACAGAAAGUGACAUCGGCGAGCCGGGCUCACCUGUCUACGCAAACGGCGAAUGGGCCCAAGUGGACGAGCGUGACAGAGGCAUCCUAUUCGACCAUGAAGGCGAACAACCCGAUCACCACGACUUCUCAUUCUCACGAGACAAUGAAGAACUACCAACGCCCCGCGAAAGCCCUCUCGACACCCCAAGUGGCUCGCCCAUGCACUCACCCAUGUACCAUCCCUUUGACUCUGCAUACCCCUACCCAACCUCUAUGUCCACUCCCAAACUCCCACAAUACUCCGCUCCGUUCGAUCCCUACACCUAUGACCCGAUGUAUCUCGACCCACACGUUCAGUCCGUCCUCGCAGCUGCGAACGCUGAGACUAUGGGGUUACGGGGUAGUCCUGCACGCGCACUGGAUGAGCUGCAGCGACAGGCGGUGCGGUCUGGCGAGACCAGUCCGCGUUUCGAGUUCCAGCGGAGAAAGAGUGAUGAGCGGAAAUCUGGGGCGCACAAGAAGGGCUUGAGGAAGUUCUUUAGUUGGAAGUCUGGGCAUUAG